AUGGGUCGAACCAAACACACCCAAAUGACCCCCUCGACACUCAGACCACAAGGGGAGGUACAGUCUUCCUCUAUCCGCAGCUUCCUCCAAACCCCGGCGUUCUUACCUCGCAGCACGAGGCAUCACAAAAGGCUCCUUCCUCUCCGAGCUCCUCACUUUCUAGAGAGGAAUCCUCAGCAGAGACCAACACCCGAAACCCUUCUAGAAGAAGUGAAACUAACCCUUCAGACAGAGAUGGCAACUCUCCGCACCUCCCUGUCAGCACUGAAGAACAGAGGGACUGGCUUGGAGUUUGCAGGCCCUGAAGCCUCAUGCUCAGCACUACCUAUAACUGUCCAACAUACAAGGCUACAUAUUGACAUAUUGAAGACCUUGACAACAGAAGCAGCAGACAUAAUAUCAGG